AUGCCGCCUUUUCGCAAUUUCCUCGGCCGCAAGCCUCAAUCUAAUACCGAAGGCCUCGCUGCCCUCGAUGACAAUCAUCUCUCCCCCGGAGGCCCCGCGCCGAUCCCCAUUCGGAACAGCCAUGAAGAACCCACCGAGUACAAAUUGAGUGUCGUCGACGACGGCGGAGUCUAUCUCCCGCCCUCUCCGCCGGAGAAACCCAGCUUUUGGCGCCGAUACCCAGGCUCGAAUAAAGCGUCUAACCACCGCGACCUGGUCGACGAGAAUGAGCCCUUCUCCAUAUCUCGUGAAUCGUUCGACUCAUACCGUCGAUCCUUUGAUAUCUCCGCCCGCUCACCCAUCAUUCAUGCUGAGUCGGGGCCUUCUCGGACUUCCCUUGAUUCCCGGUGCUCCCGACUGACUCCCUCGGGCACACACUCGACCAGUUUCACGAAGCCGGAUCCUAUGGAAGAAGAGACCUUCGAGGAAGUCGGUCUGAGCGACGAGGUAAAGCCCAAGAAGAAGGGAUUCCUCUCUAGAUUUGGUGAUUCAUCCAACGAUGCGCAACCGACCGCCAAGUCGUCUACGUCCUUUGGAUUCCACAUCCCCGGCCGCAAGCGCGGCCAGAGUGGUGGCGGAUCAGAACUGGGAUCUAUGAAAGUACCUCCCGCUAUCACUGCCGAGGAGCAGUAG